AUGGGUUUGAGAUCAGCGCUCAAGGGCUUGGCCACAAAGUUCCAGUCGAGACAGGAUGCCUUCAAGAAUAUCAGUGACAUCUCUGCUUACGACGAGCCAUCAACGCCGGUGGCUCCUAAACCACGUGUUCUAUCCGGAGAAUUCAUAUCAUCAAUCGACAAUAAAAAGUCGAAAUAUCCCUCAGGCUCAGCCCCAAACCCAGCUCUGACAGAGAGACAUCUGCAGCGGACGAACCAGAGACUUCGAAUACCGAUCACACCUUCAAAUCGAUCACAAGCUGAGGUAGACGAAGAGCAUCUGCAAAGAAAAAGACGAUCUUCCGUCAGCGUGCUCGAGGCUCUCGGUCGGGCAUCUUUCUGCAGUGCUUUCGACGCGAAUGUGAUUGACACGACAUUCGUGUCAACACCUACACCUCCGGCGUUCUCGUCCACGCCUCACCAUGUUGGAAGAGCUGGAAAUUCGGCGGCCGACCCUAUCACGUUUCAGUUCGGCGAAACGAAUUUUGGAUGUGCCAAUGCUGCCACCGCUCAGUCAGUCUUCAUCGACACAGAUAACGAAUCGGUCAGGAGUCAUAGGACUCUUGACACCUUUUUCGAGAGCAACGCUGAGGUCGACACCGACGCUGAAGCUGAGACUGAUGCUGAGGCCGAGAGUGACGCGGAAGCAGAUAAUGUGCGAACCGGCCCGAGGAAAAUCGGUCGCGCCUGGUUCGAAAUCAUGCUUGACAAAGAGAAACUCGCUCGACGGGUUGAGGCGCUCGAGGCAGAAAGAGAGGCCGGCCUUCGAUUUCUACAGCAUGUCAGGACAUAUGGUAUGGCACUAUCCGAUCAUCUCCUCGCGCAGAGUAAUGGCUUAGAUGCUUACGCUCAUGAUACCCUUGUGCUUCGAGAGACAAUAGCACAUCUUCGAGAACGAUCGCGGGCACAGCAAAUCCAGUUGGACCAGACCUUGGAGGCUUCCAGGACGUCGGAAGGUAUAUUCCAACAGGCUUAUCGCCUAAUCGGAGGCUUGACUGAGCAGAACACCGCGCUACGUUCUGACUUGGAAGAAUCUCGUGCAAGAGAAGAGGCGAAGGACGCUACGAUCUCAGAACUAAGAGGUGACUUUCUUGUGCAGGUCCAGGGGUUUGAAUCUGUCAACCUCCUGCUGCAGCAAGAGAAGGAAUCGUCCAAAGAAUCGGAGACGCAAUGGAAACGGGCCUACGAUCGACAAGCCCAAGAGAUUGAGGAGAUUGAGGAAGAGCUCCGCAAGGCCAAUCAGGAGGUCGACUCGUUACUCGACCAACUCGUCGCUCACGAAAACAAGAGCGAAACGAGUAAUGGAGACGAAGUGGAACGUCUUCAAGAAACGAUCAAGGAUUUGCAGCGACAAGUGGCAUAUACAGAAAGGCAGCGUGACGCUUGCAAGGCUUUUCUGAAGGAGUCCGCCUCUGCCCAACCUUCCUCGAGUGGCAAUGAGGCCCUGAAAGACAACUUCAACCUCGUAAUCGACGAAAACGUCGACCUUCGCCAACGCCUGUCUGAGACACAGUAUCAGAACGCUGACCUUCGCCACUUUCUCUCUGGCCAUAUUGACCAAAACGUCGAACGGGCAAUUGAUCCUGCCAACGCCGAUCCGCGGGACAUUGCGCGCUUCCAAGAAUCGGAGCGCUGCAUUCAAUACCUGCAGCAGCAAGUUGAAAGGGAAGUCGCUGGCAAGAACGCCCUACAUAACCAAUCGGACGACCUCCGAAAAGCAUUGGGCAAGCAAAGGAGGGAGAAUGCGGUGCUACAACGAGAGAAAGAGCACUCUCAGCCAUGUAAGUCAAAUGCCACAGUCACCGCUCGAGUUGGCAACGAAGACCACGGUCUCUGCCAACACUACAUCGCUCUGAAAGCCUAUCCUUGCUUAGUCCAGAAUCUGGAAGACCAACACAAGGCAGAGGUAGAAAAACUACAGCAUGAACUCUCCGAAGCGCAAGAGUCGGACUUCAACCACUCUGGGCUCUUCAUGCAAGAGCAACUAAGAGCUGACAAGCUCGAGAAGGAUAACAAGAUCCUGAAGGCCGUGAAUACUCGGGAUUUGAAACUGCAGAAAGAGCUCCUUGAGCAAGUCCACAGGCGAGCUUACGGUGAUGACAAGGCUAUCGUCGAAGGUCUUCACCGACAAGAACUUAACGAGCGAGAUAAGUUGCUCGAGACCUACUAUCGAGAGAUUGGCGAGCUCCAAACCACGAUUUCGAAUCUGCAGAUGGACGCUGCAAACAACACGUGUACGAUAUACAUGCAGCGAUCUGAGAACCGUGGGUUGAGAAUUGUCGGUGCACGGAACAAGGAAAUUGUGCAUGCGAUGGAGCAGAGAUUUGGUGCUGAGUUGAGGGCGAAGCCGAUGUUGGUAGACCUCCGGCCUCAUCGGGCUCAUUUCACGAAGGAUGAAAUGGAGAAUUUGGCUGAGGUAGACGAGAGGUUGUAUGAGCUCGUGGGUAUGGAGGCGAGUCGGUCGGGCAGAGGAAGAUAUGAUGACGUUAUGGAGUAG